CUUUGAAGAAUAAUUUAAUUCAAAAAGUGACCAUGAUAUUGGAAAAAUGUAACAAAGAACAACAAACAGAAGACAAAGUACCUCCAAUAUGGGCUGGCGCAGCUGCCCAAGCGUUAGCCGCAACGCCCAUGCAUCCAUUUGACAUUAUAAAAGUACAACUGCAAGUAUCGAGAAAAUUAUCCUUUAAACAAGCAUUCAAAAACAUCAUAGAUCAAAAAGGUUAUAUGGGACUUACUUAUGGAUUAUCAGCAUCAGUGACACGUCAAAUAACAUAUGCUACAGCGCGAUUUGGAAUAUACGAAAAUCUAAAAGCGAUUUAUAAACGUAGAAAUAAACCCAUUGGUGUUCCUGACCGUAUAUGGAUGUCUUGUAUAGCGGGAGCAUUGGGUGGGCUUAUUGCAAAUCCUCCUGAUAUGAUAAAUGUCCGCAUGUUAAAUGAUUUUGCACAGCCACCAGAGAAAAGAAGAAAUUAUAAACAUGUGUUUCAUGGUUUGUAUUCAGUGGUUAAGGAGAACGGAUUUCUUGGACUUUAUAAAGGAGUUUCUUUAACAAUGAUGAGAGCCUGUAUUUUCACUACGUGUAUUUUCACUUCUUAUGAUACAUAUAAAGCAAUGUUCAUACGUCGUUUUGGACUAGGAGAUGAUCCAAAAACUCAUUUUAUGAGUAGCGUGUGUGCAACCUCGACAGCAAUUAUGAUAUCACAACCAGUGGAUGUCAUGAGAACUAGAAUUAUGUCAUCGAAAGGGGUACCAAGGUUACAAGUUAUAACAGACAUUUAUAAGAAAAAUGGAAUAUUUGGAUAUUGGAAGGGUUUAAUACCGACAUAUGCAAGAAUUGGACCUAUGAAUAUAAUGAUGUAUGUGUUUUUUGAAUUUUUCCGUAUUAAUUUUGGAUACUAUGUGGAAAGAAUAGAAGAUUAA